AUGGCGGGGUACCCCAUCACAGAACGGACGCCGCUCAAACAUGCGGAUCUGGACGAGGAGCCAAGGGCUGCGGAUGGCUUCACCGAAUUAUGGGUCUUUCCUUUCAUUUUGCACGCAUCAGAUGAAGGCCAUGUCUUUGAUUCAUCUCCUGAAAAUCGCCGACAGUUGGGUGUCUUCAGUGCCACCUUGCUCAUCUUCAACCGCGUCAUUGGAACCGGUAUUUUCGCAACGCCGGGGACCAUUCUGGCGUUGACGGGCAGUGUUGGUCUAUCACUCUUGAUGUGGGGGAUUGGCACCGUGGUGGCCAUUGCCGGAACAGCAGUCUAUCUUGAAUGGGGCACGGCGAUUCCCAAAAAUGGUGGCGAAAAGAAUUAUCUGGAAUAUGUCUACCGAAAGCCCAAGUUUCUGGUGACGGCCAUGUUUGCCGCGUACGCCUUUCUGCUCGGCUGGUCGGCAAGCAACAGUGUGGUCUUUGGACAGUAUAUCCUCAAUGCUGUUGAAGUGGAGGUCGAUCGAUGGAAUCAGCGAUGUAUUGGACUGGCGUGUCUGACUGCUGCAUUUCUGAUCCACUCAAUUGCACUCAAAUGGGGCAUUCGGCUUCAGAAUCUGCUCGGCAUCAUCAAGUUGUUCAUCGUCCUGUUUAUCAUUGUGUCGGGCUGGGCGGCUCUGAGGGGACAUACCAGAUCAGAGACUCCAGAUAACUUCCGUAAUGUCUUCAGUGGCACACAAGGGAGUGGAUACAGUAUGGUGAUGGCGCUGUAUAAUGUCAUUUGGUCAUUCACUGGAUACUCGAACGCCAAUUAUGCUUUGAGCGAGACCAAGAACCCUGUUCGCACGUUGAAGAUUGCUGCACCCCUUGCCAUUGGCUGCGUCGGUGUCAUGUACAUGCUCGUCAAUAUUGCCUACUUUGCUGCUGUGUCCAAACAAGACAUGCUGGAGUCGGGCACCGUCGUUGCGGCCGUGUUCUUUGGCAACAUGUUUGGCAAGCAAGCGGAGAGGGUCAUGUCGGUUUUUGUGGCCCUGUCUGCGUUUGGGAAUGUCUUGUCGGUCCUCUUUUCGCAGGGUCGAAUCGUCCAGGAGCUCGGUCGAGAAGGCGUAUUGCCCUGUUCAAAAUUCUUCGCCAGUAAUUGGCCGUUCCAUUCGCCCGCUGCUGGUCUUCUGGAGCACUACGUUGUAUCCGCAGUGAUUCUGCUUGCGCCUCCUCCCGGUGAUGCAUAUAACUUCCUGCUCAACUUGAUCUCGUACCCUCUGGCGAUUGUCAAUGUUUUCGUCGCCUUGGGCCUCAUCCACAUCUAUCUCAAUCAAAGCGUCAAGUUCCCCGACUGGAGUCCCGGAAUUCGCGCGACCCUCCCGGUGACCACCUUCUUCCUCGUGUCGAACAUUUACUUGGUGAUUGCGCCCUACAUGCCCCCAGAUGAGGGUCAGAAUGUAUACGAGCACCUUCCGUACUACUUGCAUUGCGUUGUGGCUCUGGCGUUGUUUGCCUUGGGAGCGCUCUACUACGUCGUGUGGGCAGUUUUUCUCCCUCGAUGGGGCGGGUAUGUGCUGGUCAAGGAAUCUGUCGUGGAUGCUGACGGCUGGUCCCGAAGCGUGUUUACACGAUUGCCAUAUUCUUCAGCAGCGAAUUCAUAG